AUGGCACUGAGCCGGAAGUCAAAGCCUAGAGCACAACGCAAUAUCGGGGCUGAGAAGGCGGAUGAAGUCCAGAGCCUACGAGCGGAAGUAUGGCGCCUAAAGACUCAACUGGGUCAGAACCGAGGUCAAAACCAGGCCCCAAAUCCGAUACAAGGGCUCGACAAGACGACAAGAGCAGCACACGUUGAAGAUCAACACGAGGACGACGAUCAUAUGAUUGGCUCAAUGGAACUACCUCAACUUCAGGAAGCCAUGACCCUGGUCGGAAUAUUUCUCAACACUCACAACUCGGUCCUACCGCUCUUUCAUUCUGACACGCUCUUGCGUCUAGUCGGUGAAUGCUAUGCCCAUCAACCCCGACAACGCGACCCAGUAGUAUGGGCUGCCGUCAACGUCGUCUUCGCCUUGGCUAGCCAACAUGUUUCACAAAGCACUAGUAAUGUCCGGUCUCAGUACCAGGAGAAUCAAACAAUGGAGUAUCUCAACAAAGCAAAAUCUAUUAUAUCUACUGUGAUGCUGAGUGAGACCCGCCUUCUUAACAUACAGGUACUGGUAGGCAUGGUGAUGGUACUCCAAACUGCACACAACUUGACCCCAUCUUUGAUCCUAAUAUCGGCAACCAUGCGUCUCGCACAUAAGUUAGGCCUCCACAGCCAUACAGCAUCAGCACAUCUAGAUCUUGUGCAAAGGAGACAGCAUGCCCGCGUCUUCUGGCUGGCAUACAUUCUUGACAAAGAUUUAAGUCUUCGUACCCAACAACCUUCGGUUCAACGCGAUGACGACAUUGACGUGGAAUUACCGUCUUCCUUGCCCACGAGUAAUGAUGAUAAUGACAACACGGCUGGCAUUGUCGUUACGGCCGAUGGAAAUGCCAGAGUAAAUUAUUUUCUGGCUCGCGUUAAGCUGGCCAAUAUUGAGGGUCGUAUAUAUGACUCCCUUUACUCAACAAGAGCAGUGAAUCGAAGCCUGGAAGAGCGAGGCAAUGCAAAGGAAAACAUUAUUAGCGCGCUCGAUGAAUGGCGAGCUUCCAUACCUCCCGAAUUCAGCGCCAGUAUUGUCAUCUCGAGUAUUAGAAACAAACCAGCAAAUGGUGGAUUUUUCUGUGUUUUACACUCAAUCAGUCUCCAAUGCAUGGCGCUUGUUAACCGGGCCGACGCUUGGGAUGGACAAUGGGUGAGUGGUGUUCGCGACCAUAGCAGAGGAAUUCAGAUAAUGCAGCUACCCCCGGCUUGGGAGACAAUAGUACACCAGGCCCGAAACUACAUGCUCUUGUUUCGAGAGAUGUGGUCAAAAGAUGCCUGGUUUCGCUGGUUAGUAGUGACACACCACAUUGAGAAUACCAUUAUUGACGGUAACAGGAUGACUUCAUGUCCUUACACGACUGCAAUAGUGCUAUUGACGGCCAAUACUUUGUAUAAUUCGCGUCAUUAUAAGAUCCAGCAUGAUAUCGAGCUGGUUGAUUCAGCCCUUCUUUGGCUUAAAGAGGCCGUGAGGGAAAAUCCAUCGGAGGAGGCCCAGGCGCUUCAGGAAACUUGUGUUGAGGCCGCCCGAACGGUGAAACAGAGGCUUGCUGAAGGCAUUACAACACCCUUGAGCAAUUAUUGGUUGCUCAAUCAUCCGGACAAUCUAGAACUAUCUUAA